AUGAAAGUUUUCAUUGAAUUUGCUUGUUUAAUUGGAUUAGCGUGUGCCAUAGUUGUAAUCAUACUAAAUUUAAAUUUAAUUUGCAAAUUUGUUUUGAAUAAUUCCAAACGGAAAAAUGAUAUGCAUCUGUUUUAUUUUCGAUUUGUUUUGGACAUUUUAUUGGGAAUAUCUUUUUUUAUCUACAUUGGGUUCAGUUUCCUUUUGGAACUUUUUCCGGAAGACUACCUCUUUCUUAUUGUGCUUUUGGGUCUGCUAUUUUUUAACGUUGCCGCUACCCGGUCCAUCAUAGCACUCACAAUUGGCAUAGAAAGAACUGUAGCUGCGUACUUUCCCAAAACUUAUCAAAAAGUGCAAUUCAAAUUUCUAAACUGGAUAGUUAUCUCAGGAGCAAUAAUUUUCGGAGGAACAGAACCUUUUGUGCUUUUUGGAUUUUGCUCGUAUCAAAUGGAAAUUCCAUCGACGUGUCGAUUUUUUGGUUGUGCAAUUAAUACGUGUUUCAAUAGUUUUUGGAGCGUUCAUAGAACGAUAAUAUUCACUACUAUUGUUAUUUUGUCAAUUUUGCUGGCCGCAAAACUUUUCAUCUUGAACCAUUUUCAACUAGGUGUAACUAAUAAAAUGCUGUCAAAAGCAAAUCGGUUAGCAUUAAUUGAUGUUUGCACGGUUUUUAUUUUUGACAUUAUUCCUGCGGUGUGUGGAAAUUUAUGGCCAAUUGCAUAUAUUUUCUCUUUUGACAACGUAGGUCCCUACAAUUUCUACUUGAAAAUUUUUGGAUGUUCGAUAGAGACAAUUAUUGUGUCGUCCGUUAUUAUGCGCUCAAAAUCGAAAAUUUCUAAAAACUCACCCGUUAUUGCGAUUUCAAGAGUUACUGCGAUUUCAAGAGUAAUUAUAAGUUAG